UUUUGUUUGUUAUGUUAAAUACUUUUGCGAAGUUGAUGUGGCAUUAGACACUGCAGCUUUAAUUACAAUGGCUGCAGAAGUUUCAGAGCUCUGUGUCCCGGUGCCAUGGGGGGAGAUCAGAGGGAGAGUUUGGGGUCCUGAACAUGGUCGUCCUGUGCUCUGCCUGCACGGCUGGGCUGACAACUGUGGUGCAUUCAAAACCCUCAUUCCCCUUCUUCCCAAAGAGUUCAGAUACAUUGCGGUGGAUCUGGUGGGUCACGGUCUGUCAUCACAUCGCCCUCCUGGAGAUUUCUACUCUUUACCGGAGUACGUGACGGACGUACUCAGAGUCACUGAUGCGCUGCAGCUGAGGAAAUUAUCCGUCAUCGGCCACAGUAUGGGUGGGGACGUUGCUGGAAUGUUCAGUGCACUGUAUCCUGAGAUGGUGGAUGCUCUUGUGCUUCUGGACAAUUACGGAAUACUACCUACAGAUUCAAAAGAAAUAUGCAAAGUGACGAGGCAGGGGAUGGAUCAAAUACUACAGUUUGAAAAAAAGACAGAAGAGGAGAAGAGGAGAGUUUACACGUACGAGAAGGCAGUUGAAAGGUUGCUGGCUGCAAACCCGACACUGUCUGAACGGUCGGUGCACAUCCUCCUAGAGCGAGGUCUCGUUCAGGUUGAAGGAGGGUUUGCCUUCUCCAGAGACCUGCGAAUUAAUUUUAAAAAUAUUGUGCGCAUCAGCUUGGAGCAGAGUCUGGAGAUACAGUCGAGGAUUCAAGCCUCUGUUCUAGCUGUUCUGACGGAUAAAGGCUUUGAUAAAAUACUCUCUGAACCAGCUCAAAGAAAAUUUACCUCAGCACUCCUCGAAGGUUUAAAGAACAGAAACCACACGGUUGUUAGGGUACCAGGCGAUCAUCACGUUCAUCUGAAUAAUCCUCAAGUCAUCGCUCCAUUUGUUUCUGACUUCCUGCGCACCAAAGUGUUGUCCCAGUCAAUCAACAGACAGCACAAGUUAUAAACUACAAAUACACUGGUGUACUUAAGUAAUAUUGUAUAGUUUAUAAAAGCACAGUGUGAUUUACAAUAAAACAUACAAUAAAAUACAUUUAAAAAAGAA